CAGGAAGUGACGUAGGGUGGUGUUGCUUUGGAUGUGUCCCCUUGCUUUUACUCACGUGGGGAAGGAGAGAGUGACCCCGGUGAUUGACUUUUUUGUACGAUAAAAUCGUAAGAAAACUGAAAGCAGAUGUUCCGAAGGCCUGUGACUCAGGUGCUCCGGCAGCUUGUUAGAAAUGGAUCCACCGAUUCACCGUCGUCUUCUGCUAUUUUGGAGAGAUCUCUUAACAGGGUACAGUUACUUGGCCGUGUGGGGCAGGACCCCGUCAUGAGACAAGGAGAUGGAAAGAACCCAGUUACUAUCUUCUCUCUGGCAACCAAUGAGCUGUGGAGGUCGGGAGAGGGUGAGGUGUUUAAUCCAACAGCUGGAGAUAUUAACCAAAAGACCACGUGGCACAGGAUAUCUGUCUUCCGACCUGGCCUCCGGGACGUAGCAUAUCAACACGUCAAAAAGGGUGCACGUGUAUAUGUGGAAGGAAAGAUUGACUAUGGAGAAUACACAGACAAAAACAAUGUGCGGCGGCAGGCAACAACCGUUAUAGCAGAUAACAUCAUUUUCCUGAGUGAUUUACGAGACAGGUCUUGAUCUUUGUAUAUUUGAGACCUCAGCGUUUCUCCCUAUGUGUAUAGUUCCCGACUGCACGGCCUUUCACAUGGCCUAACCUUGUUUGUUUUUUUUUGUUGUUUUUUUUUUUUUUUUUAAGGAAAUUGAAAUACCCAUUUUCUAUAAAUUAAACGCAUCUCCCAUUUACGAGUCAA